AUGAAUUAUCUUUUUCACGCAUUUAAAUGGGCAUAUCAAUUACAAAGUACAUCGCUUUUAUUAACAUCAAAAUUAAAUAAACAAAUUAAUUUGGACUUUCCAAUAUCUCAAAUUUAUGGUUUUGAGGUUCCUUUGGAUUCUCAUUUUUUUGGUGUUAAAUUAAGGCAAGGAAACAAUUCAGUGAAGUUUCCUUCAAAAAUAGAAUCUGUGGAAACUAUUGGAAUUUAUUAUUUACUUGAUGGAAACAAUAAAAAUAAAAAUCAAAUGGAAAUAUUAAAUAAUUUGGAAUUAAAAUUGUUUAAUAAUAUAAAUAAUGGAGAUUUGAAGAAUUUAACUUUCAAAGUUUUAAUUUAUACUGAUCAAUUAGCUAAUUAUGAAAUGAUGAGGGGUGCUAAGAAGAUUACAAGUUUGUUGGGCAUUGGGGUGGUUGCAAUGAUUUUAUUUUUGGUUGUAGCUUUUUGGCAUUUUAAUUGGAAAUCUCAGGCAAUUUUUUAUAAAACAAUUAACCAAGAAAUAAUGCAUAGAUCAGGGAACAAGCUUCCCGUUUCCUGA